AUGGCACCCAUUAAUUUACACGGGCCGUGUAAACGUCUCGAUGGUUUUAAAGUGGUUUUACCCUCUUAUAAUCCAGACAAUCGGUUUUGUGAGGAGUUAGGUCGGAUUUUGGGAAGAAAGAAGGCGAUUUUCAGAGCUUUUGCAAGUACACCUUUACCAGUUGAUUUGGAGAUAGAAAAAUCGGCUAAACAGAGAAGGAAGCAAGCCAGAAUUUUAAAGAAACAACAACAAUCCGGAGCUUCUUCAUCAAAUCCAUCAACCACAUCCUCUCCAACAUCCAAAAGUAUCACCCCACCAUCUUCACCUACUCCUACCAUGGCAGACAACCAUGGAGGAAAUCAAAAUCCUCCACAUCCACCACCUGAACAAACCUUUAGACAAUGGGCCACUCAAGAUGUCAACCAACAACCUUUGUGCAUAAAUUACCCUGCAACAAUCAACUUUGAACUCAAGUCUGGACUCAUCCAUUUGUUACCUUCAUUCUGUGGUCUUAAGAAUGAAGACCCACAUAAAUUCCUUAAGGAAUUUCAUGUUGUUUGUGUGGGUAUGAAGCCACAUGAAGUCACAGAAGUUCAAAUCAAGUUAAGGGCAUUCCCAUUUGCUUUACAAGAUUUAGCCAAGGAGUGGUUGUAUGACUUACCACCGGGGUCAGUCACAACAUGGAAUGAACUUGCAAGGAUGUUUCUCGAUAAAUAUUUUCCAGAAAUGAGAGCUUCAGCUUUACGUAGAGAGAUAAUUGGUAUCAAGCAACAAAAGAGAGAAGCCCUGCAUACUUAUUGGGAACGGUUCAAGAAAUUGUGCUCAAGAUGUCCACAACAUGGAAUUACAGAAUAUCAGUUGCUGCAAUAUUUUUGUGAAGGAAUGUCAUCUUGGGAUAGGAGAUUACUCAAUGCAUCAAGUGGUGGAUCUAUAGCUGAUAAGACUUCAACAGAAAUCAAAGUUCUUAUCAAGAACAUGGCAGAAGAGUCCAAGCACACAGUCCAAGAAGAAGAAUGGUACAAUGAUGCACCAAAAGGAGUGAAAGAAAUUUCUACCCCAAAAAUUGAAAGUCAACUUUCUGAGUUGACUAAGGUAGUAAUGAUGCUUGCAAAGGACAAGGGCGUGCAACCACCAACAGUUAGACCUUGUGGUAUUUGUACACAAGUUGGACAUCCAACCAACAUGUGCCCUCAACUUCAAGAGGAAGAUUAUGAAGAAGCAAAAGCCAUGGGAGGUUUUCUUGGAUCUUGUCAAAGGGGAUAUGAGCAGCCACGAGGUGAUCAAAGAUGGAACAACAAUCAAGGUUGGGGAGGAAAUCAACAAGGGAACUACCAACCAAGUCAGCCACAUCAAUACCAACAAAGACUACCUUUUCCACCACAAAACUUUCAGCCAAGGCAACCACAACACCCUCCUCAACAAGCGGGUUCAUCAAGUAUGUCUUUAGAGGACAUACUUGCUAUUUCCGUAAGCAAACUAGAACCUAAAGGAAAGUUGCCUGCCCAAACUGAAGCAAACCCAAGGCACAAUGUAUGUGCCAUCACAUUGAGAAGCGGGAAGAGUUAUGAUGGUCCAAAAUUGUCGGUUGAUCCAAAGGAAGAAGAAAUAGUAGUUAAAGAGACGACCAAAGAAGAGAAGGAGGAAGAGAAAACAAUUGAAAAGAAGCCCUUCAUCACUGAUUCUAAAGCCACACCUGCUCCAUUUCCCGAAAGAUUAAAGAGCACGAAGAAAGAACAGGAGCAGAAUGAGAUCAUGCAAAUGUUCAAGAGAGUUCAAAUCAACAUUCCACUCCUCGAGGUCAUCAAGCAGGUACCUAGAUACGCAAGGUUCCUUAAGGAUCUUUGUGUAUCUAAAAAGAAAUUAAAAGGAAAUCAAGUCGUAACGGUUGGGGAGCAUGUAUCCGCGGUUUUGCAAAAGAGGAUGCCCCCGAAGUGCAAGGAUCCCGGUGUCUUUACCGUGCCUUGCAAGUUGGGAAAUCUUUAUGUACCCCGAGCUAUGCUUGAUCUAGGUGCAUCCGUAAAUGUCCUACCCUAUUCUCUUUUCAAAUCAAUUGGUGUAGGAACAUUGAGCAAAACCAGUGUGAUCAUCCAACUUGCUGACCGGUCUUUGGUACACCCAAAGGGAGUAUUAGAGGACGUGUUAGUGCAAGUCGAUGAAUUUGUCUUCCCGGCUGAUUUUUAUGUCUUAGAUAUGGGAUAUGAUGACUCUCCAAGUUCAAGUUCCAUACUUUUGGGUAGACCUUUUCUUAAAACUUCUAAAACAAAAAUCGAUGUCUACAAUGGAACUUUGAGUAUGGAAUUUGAUGCUGAAGUUAUCAACUUCAAUGUGCAUGAAGCAAAAAAGACUCCUUUUGAUGUUCAAUCUGUUAAUUUUGCCAAUUUGAUCAAUCCCUCAACAAAAAAGGGUUUGAACUUGUCUAAAAAUGAAUUUCUAGAAUUAGUUUUGUCAUGGAAACUAGACAGGGACAAAGCCAAAGAGCUUGCAAAGAAGUUUGAUAUGGAUAAUGAAGUGUUGGAGAUUUUAGAGUUUAUUGAUGACAAGAAGCAUGUGAGGAGUGAUGAUAUGUUAGAGAGGCCCACGUAUCCAGACUGA